GUUUUCAGUCAAGACUCUGAUUGACCGUUCCUGUUUUGAGACUAUAGAUGAUACUUCUCCUGAAUUUAGUAAUUUUGCAGCCAUUCUGGAACAGAUUCUAAGUCAUCGACUGAAAGGUCAGAUCACCUGGUUCGGCUAUGAAAGUCCUCGUAGUUUCUGGGACUACAUUCGAGUAGCUUGCCGAAAAGUCUCGCACAAUUGCAUCUGCAGUAUUGAGAACAUGGAGAAUGUCGGUUCUUCUAGAGCUAAGGGUCGAGCCUGGAUCAGAGUAGCACUUAUGGAAAAGCAUUUGUCUGAAUAUAUUUCCACAGCUCUGAGAGACUUCAAAACAACCAGGAGAUUUUACGAGGAUGGAGCAAUUGUUCUUGGUGAAGAAGCAAAUAUGCUUGCUGGUAUGCUGUUGGGACUCAAUGCAAUUGAUUUCAGUUUUUGUCUGAAGGGUGAGGGAUUGGAUGGCACCUUUCCAGCUGUCAUAGAUUAUACGCCGUACUUGAAGUACACCCAAAGUUCUGACAGCAUCAGCAGUGAUGAAGAAGAGCUGAGAACGCUGGGCAGUAGUGGCAGUGAAGGCAGUACUCCAGAGAACAUUGGUCCUCCUUUCACCAUGGAUGAAAACAGUUGGUACAACAAAUGCAAAAGAGUAGAACAGAAGUACCGGCUUGCAGUGGAACAGAAGGGUUACCUUGAAGAAUUGGUACGACUCAGAGAAAACCAGCUAUCUGAAUCUGUCUCACAGAAUAAGCUGCUCCUACAAAGAAUUGAAGAUAUGGAUCUAGCCCAUAAAAUGGAGAAGGAACAGCUGGAAUAUAUCAUUGUGGAACUGCAAGACCAGUUAACUGUGCUAAAGAAUAAUGACUUGAGAUCAAGACAAGAAUUAACGACUCACCUCACCAAUCAGUGGCCUUCCCCAGGAGCUCUGGAUGUCAAUGCGGUUGCCUUGGACACUCUACUCUAUAGAAAGCACAAUCAACAGUGGGAUGAGAAAAGUUUUCAAAGUCUGGACCAGCUUUCGGCAGAAGUUAGUCUCUCUCAAUCCUCUCUGGAUCCAGGUCACUCGCAGGACGGGAAGCGGGAUGGAAUGAACUUGUUAAAUGAAGGGAAGGAAGACACUCCAUCGUUGCUUGGUCUUUGUGGCUCUCUUACUUCAGUAGCAAGCUACAAAUCUCUCACAAGUCUGAAAUCAAGUGAAUACCUUGCAAGUCCCACAACAGAGAUGACAAGCCCAGGCUUAACACCAUCUUGAGAUACACACAAGAAGGAAGAGCUUUGUGUUGUAUGCAUUUGGUUUAUGUUCCAUAAAAUGACUUGCAAUGAAGACUGCUAGUUCUAAGUUAAAAAAUAAGCUGCUUUAUUUUUUCUUGUCAUGGUUACCUAUUUAAUUCACAAAUUCCGUCAGUUUUCAUUCAAACUUUUCCCCCCCCCAGAGGACUUUUCAGAUGUUUCUGUUUUAGUCUUGAAUUAUUUAAAGCUCUUGGUCAGAUACAAGACAUAUAAUCUGACGAUUAUGACUGAUUUUUAAAAUGAAACAGUUGGAAAUUAGUCCCCUACUUAACUGCC